AUGGGGAUCGACUUCAACCAGCAAUCCGGCAAGGUGAUCUCACCGAGCAAGCUCGCGCACGUCGUGCUACGCACAAACAACUUCGAGCGCAUGGUACAAUAUUACAAGGACUUUCUGGGAGGCACGACGGUGUAUGAGAACGGAUUCAUCGCCUUCCUCACCUACGAUGACGAGCACCACCGUAUCGCCAUCGCCUCCGUCCCGGGCACAGCGGACAAGAAUACAAAGUCGUGCGGCCUCGAGCACAUCGCGUUCAGCUUCGACUCGCUGUCCGACCUGCUGCUCGCCUACCGGCAGCGCAAGAGCAAGGGCAUCGAGCCCGUCUGGCCUGUCAACCACGGCCCCACAACUUCCAUCUACUACCGAGACCCAGACGGCAACAUGAUCGAGACCCAGGUGGAUAACUUUGAGAACCCGGAUGACGCGACUGACUUCAUGCGGUCCGAGAACUUUGCGGAGAACCCCGUGGGGACCGACUUUGACCCCGAGGACUUCAUUGCGCGGUUGGAGAAGGGCGUUCCUGAGAAGGAAUUACACAAGCGCGUCGAGAUCGGUCCGAGAGGAUUCCCCGAUUUCGCUUGA